GGUUUGAUGGACUUUUCCAAAAAUAAAAACUAACAGAUAAGGCUCUCCUGCCACUCUUUAUACCCGACUCCACCAUCUGCUGAUCUGCGCCUUCACAGUUCUCAGUCGCAACUUGCACGCCAUCAACAGUCUACACCAGACCACAGUCCAAUAUCAUGCUCUUCCUAAACCCACCUAAACCACUCUCCCUCUUCGAAGCCAAGUUCCAACCCUCUCCAUUUCUCAACCCACAUCCCCAUCUCCGCCUGCUUAAGUCAUGCACCCUCCUUCCCAAACCCCUCUUCAAACCCACCACCAUCUCAGCCUCUGCUACUUCCACUGGCAGCUCCACCCCUUCGAACCAAGUCUACCAACCUUUUCGCCCACCUCCCUCCCCUCUCCCCUCUCAGUUCCGCUCCCUCGAUACCAAUGGCCGCCUCGAAAUUCUUCAAAAUCGCUUAGGCCUCUGGUUUGAGUACGCCCCACUCAUCCCUUCCCUCUCCCAAGAAGGCUUCUCACCGUCCUCCAUCGAAGAGGCCACCGGCAUCUCCGGUGUUGAGCAGAACCGGCUUGUCGUUGCUGCCCAAGUCCGCGAUUCCCUUGUUCAAUCCAAGAUCGAGCCGGAAACGCUCUCCUUCUUCGAUACCGGCGGUGCUGAGCUCCUCUAUGAGAUUCGCCUCCUUAGUGCCGCUCAACGCGCUGCUGCUGCCCGUUACAUCGUCCUUAAUCGCCUCGACCCCCGUGGAGCCCAGGAGCUCGCCCGGGCUAUGAAGGAUUUCCCACGCCGACGCGGGGAUGAAAGGUGGGACAGCUUUACUUACUCUCUCCCCGGUGAUUGCCUCUCUUUUAUGUAUUAUAGGCAAAGCAGAGAGCACCGAAAUCCGUCGGAACAGCGGACAUCUGCAUUGGAACGUGCACUGGAGGUAGUGGAAUCUGAGAAGGCGAAAGCGAAAAUUUUAGAUGAAUUGGAAGGAAAAUCGGGUCGGGAAGAAGGGACAGAUGGGGAAAUUGGGGUUGGAAUUAGGGUUCCGGUGGUGAGGAUGAAGAUCGGAGAGGUUGCGGAGGCAACGUCUGUGGUGGUAUUGCCGGUCUGUGGAGCAACAGAAGGGGCGAGAGCGGUGGAGGAAGCGCCUGGAGAGUGUAGGAGCGAAGGGGAGUUCGGAGUUGUGGUUGCGGAGAAAGGAUGGAGGAGGUGGGUGGUGUUGCCGGGUUGGGAGCCUGUGGUGGGGUUGGGAAGAGGAGUGGUGGUUGCGUUUCCGGAUGCUAGGGUCCUGCCUUGGAAGGUAAAUAGGUGGUACAAGGAAGAGGCCAUUCUGGUGGUGGCCGACAGAAGGACAAGGGAGGUGGUGGCUGAAGGUGGGUUUUAUUUGGUUGGUUCUAAAGAAGGUGGUAGUGAUGGUUUAAAGGUGGAGAGAGGGACAAAUUUGAAAAAGUUAGGGGUGAAGGAGUGUUUGGGGAGUGUGGUUUUGGUGGUUAGGCCACCUAAGGAAGAAACCGAUGACCAGUUGCAAGAUGAGGAUUGGGAGUGAUACUAGCAUAGAAAGGAGAAAGCAAUAUAAAGAAGGUUCUGACUUUGAUUUGUGAUUGGAAUCAAGGUUAAGUGAAUAAUGGUUGGAUAUAAGUCCAACAAUGACACUUCUGAAGAGAUGCUAGUGGGAAUUCUGAAUCUUUAUGUUGUUCCAUUACAAAUGUAAGCGCCAUUAGAUGAUUUUACUGUUUUUUGACUUUUAAGUUCUGUAUCAUACAUUUGAUAAUUUAAGUAUCAAUAGAGCAAGCUAUUGACCUGUUUUGUCAUUAAAGCAUUAAAUAUUUUGAAUUUGAGUUGUA